CGGGGUGGUCCCACCGGGGAGGGAACGGGGAGUACCGGGCCCCUGCUCCUGUCCCGGGAACCGGGAGAACCGGGAAUGGUCCGACCGGGAGGGAACUGGGAGCAGCGGGGGGAAGGACCGGGAUAACCGGGAUUAGUCCCACCGGGAAGGAACCGGGACCCCCGGGAUGGCCCCAGGAAGGAGGGGGGGUGUCCCCACCUCCCCCCCGUUCCCUAACGGCGUCCCCCGGUCAGGGCGGGGGUCCCGGAGCCCCCCCCCGCGGCCCCGGAGCCCCCCGGGGGAGGGUCUCACGUUCCUGCAGGAGUCGGUGCGGCUGCUGAGCCCCCCCGAGCCCCCCCCGGCCGCUCCCGCCGCACCCCCCGACACCCCGGGGGUCCCCCCGCCAACCACCGGGACCCCCGACCCGCUGAGUCUCAUCAGCCUCCAGUGCCGGCACCUGGACGGUGGGAUCGGGAUCAACACCGGGACCGGGAUCAACACCGGGAUCGGGAUCAACCCCGGGACAGGAUCGGGAUCAGCACUGGGACCGGCACCGGGAUCAGCCCCGGGACCAGUAACGGGACUGGGACAGGCAGUGGGAUCAGCCCUGGGACCAGUAACGGCGCCGGGAUCGACACUGGGAUUGGCACCGGGACCAGUAACGACACCGGGAUCCACACUGGGACCAGUAACGGCCCCGGUCGGCGCCGCAAACAGGGGUUCCCGCAGCGCGGGGCGGACCCCCGGGACCCCUCGUUCCGGGGGGUGA